GCUUCUCGCCACUCAAAUGUUGUUUUGAUUGCAAAAAUCAAAAUUAGGCUUGUUGAAAUAUAUAAUUUGAUUGAAGUGCCAAAAAAAGGAUUUGUCAUUUAAAAAAAGGGAAGCGUUAUAAUACCUUACUCCUUCCGGAAUAUAAAAUAACAUAAUAUACCGGUAUAACCUAAACCAGAAUCAAUACUAUUACAAUUACGUGCUUUAUUUAGCACGAUGUUUGGCGGAACAAAUCCUAACAAGGAUGUAGAAGUCGCAUCACCGCCUGAUGAUACCGUCUCUGCGCUUAAAUUUUCUCCUCCCUCAGUCCCACAGACAUUCCUUGCUGCCGGUAGUUGGGAUUGUCAGGUCCGAUGCUGGGAAGUGGAAGCUUCAGGCAAGACAGUACCAAAAGCUGCUCAGAGUAUGGGCGGGCCAGUUUUGGAUGUAGCAUGGCAUGAUGAUGGCUCAAAGAUAUUCAUGGCAUCAACGGAUAAAAGUGUCAAAUGCUGGGACCUGGCAUCUAAUGCUGCUGUACAGGUGGCAGCACAUGAUGCUCCUGUCAAAACUUGUCAUUGGGUCAAAGCACCAAAUUACACCUGUUUAAUGACAGCCUCUUGGGACAAAACAUUAAAGUUUUGGGAUACACGCAGUUCAGUACCAAUAAUGUCAUUAAAUCUAUCAGAGAGGUGCUAUUGUGCAGAUGUGGACUACCCAAUGGCGGCAGUAGGACUUGCAGAUCGCUCCAUUUGUCUUUACUCAUUAGAGGGAAAACCUGCAGAAGUAAAGCGUGUAGAUUCACCUCUUAAGUACCAGCAUCGUUGCCUUGCAAUCUUCAAAGACAAGAAGACCCAGCAACCAACUGGUUUUGCUGUAGGCUCUGUAGAAGGCCGUGUUGCAAUCCAGUAUGUAAAUCCUACAAACCCUAAAGAUAACUUUACAUUUAAAUGCCAUCGUUCAUCUGGCACUAAUAAUGGUUAUCAGGAUAUCUAUGCAGUGAAUGAUAUUGCAUUCCAUCCAGUGCAUGGUACUCUGGCCACAGUUGGUUCUGAUGGCUCCUUUUCUUUUUGGGACAAAGAUGCGCGAACCAAGCUGAAGUCUUUUGAAGCACUAGACCAACCACUCACUAAGUGUGCAUUCAACCACACUGGACAGAUCUUUGCAUAUGCAAUGGGUUAUGACUGGUCUAAGGGGCAUGAAAGCUACAAUCCAUCCAAGAAGAACUUUAUCUACUUGCGGCCUUCCUUUGAUGACCUCAAGCCUCGUACUACCUGAACCAAUAAUUUGCAUGUGCAGUGACAUUAUGAAUGUGAAUGUGUAGUGUAUAUUGUUAUUUUUGGUUUAUAAAAUUUUUUGAAUUAAAAAUAUUUUUUUAGGGCAAUACAUACUUUAAGUGAAAGUUUUUAAUACCAUAUGUAUUAGUUUUCCUUACCCUAAGUGGUUGUAUUAUAAGUUUAUGAGAAAAUUCAGCAUUACAGCUUCUUUUAAUAGGCACUUGUUUCGAUAAUAAAAAACAUCGUUAAA